AUGGUUCCUUGGGCUCUACUUCUCUGUUCUCUACCGCUAUCUGCGUUUUCUAAACCAACAAAGACUCUCGGAGUAUCUCCCAACCUACUCUCCAAAUAUGUUCCAAUAGCAAAAACGAAUACUUGGAAAUGCCUGGAUGGUUCCAAGGAAAUUCCCUGGGAUUUCGUUAACGACGACUCUUGUGACUGUCCAGACGGCAGCGAUGAGCCAGGAACCUCUGCAUGCCCGAAUAAUAAAUUCUAUUGUCAGAACGAAGGACACAUCGGCGAGUUCAUUUCAAGUUCGAGGGUUAAUGACGGACUAUGUGAAACGCAGUGUUGCGACGGAUCCGAUGAACAGCCAGGAGUCUGCCCCAAUCUUUGUAAGGAAAUUGGAGAAGAGUAUAGGAAGAAGCGAGACGCGGAAUUGAAGUUGCAAAGAGCCGGUGCUAAAGUUCGGUCCGGUUACAUUGCAUUUGCGCAUCAGGAAAAGAAACGUCUCCAAGGAGAAGUAGAAAGAUUGGCUGAAGAGAUCAAAGCAAAGGAAAAGGAGGUUGAUCGUCUUCAAGAUAUCGCCGAACGGACCGAAUCACUCUCACAAGCUGCUUUGGAACACAAGAAAGAAUCGCCUCUGUACAAGUCAUUAAUCAUCCACAACAAUGCCCUCAAAUCACUUCAGCGGGAACACAAGAAACACCUUGAACGCGAGAAAGCCCUAGGCCAGAUCCUUGAUGCUCUUCGCACUGGCUACAAUCCCAACUACCAGGACAUGGCGGUUCUCGAAGCCGUUCGCGGAUGGGAAGAGCUCGCCAAACUUCCUCAUAUUAACGACGUUGGCAAAGAUUCUGAAGCGGAGAAGCCCUCUGAAAAUGAAUCAGACGAAGAGGAAGAGGAGGCCCUGGAGGAGGGCAUGUGGGAUGCCGGGCAACUUGAACAUCAGCUUGAUGGGCUCAUCAGCACUGAUUAUCUCUCCCUUUUACUUGAACACGAAGAAUAUAUUAAUGGCCCCCAGGAGGGCUCAAUUCUCUUUGAGCUCGCUGCAUAUCUUCCAGAUUCGUUCAUCCCUGUCUAUGAGGAUGUCAAAGAUACCCUUGUGUCUUGGCUGCAGAAGUUUGGUAUUGUACGCGGCGAUGAUGGAGCAGCCGACUCAUCGCGUGCUCAACAAGCAUACAACGACGCCAAGAACGAACUGGAUCGCAUGAGGACUGAGUUGGACACAAAGGAGAAUGAUAUUAAAGAAAUCUUCAACAUUAAUGGUUUCGGUGCUAAAGGAGAAUGGAAGAAGCUUGACGGUACCUGCCUCGAGAAGGAUACAGGAGACUACACAUACGAGGUUUGCCUCUUCAAUGAAGUCAAGCAGAAGCCCAACAACGGCGGAACAACAUUCAGUCUUGGCAAAUUUGAAUCUUGGAACCCGUCUUCAGAUGUUCAACCAGGUCAACCAGAAUUCUAUCAAAAGCAAGUUUACAAACACGGCACAAGAUGCUGGAACGGUCCGGAGCGUAAUGUUGUUCUCCGUCUAUCAUGUGGAGUUGAAAACGCUCUUUUGACUGUGCAAGAGCUCGAGAAAUGUGAAUACGAGAUCACAGGAACUUCUCCAGCGCUCUGCCUUCCACCCGAGGAAGAUAAGAAGAACGGAAAUGGCAAGAAAAAGGACGAACUAUAA